AUGCAGCUCCAGACUUGUGGAUCCAGUUGCUCAAAUGGGCGUAAUGGAAAUUCUCUUGGUCGCAUAGGAAGUACCACUUGCAAUGAAAGCUCUGUUAAUGUUGGCAAUUCUAGUUCAGCUGCCCUCUUUCUUUCUACCGGGGCUAUUUCUCCAUCAGGCUCGUGCCUUCAACCUCUGCCGGCCUCCUUGAACUCAAUUUCAUCUCGCAGCAGCUCGACUUCAGGUGAUGAGGUUUCCUCUGUAUCGUGUUCUCAAGGUCAUAAUCAGCAAUUUUCUUCCCAUAUUUACGGCCCUGGAAAUUCGUUUUUACAGCAGUUGUCUCAGCCAGGCUCCACCAACCAUUGCCAAAUCGGUCCCGGUGUGCUAGAUCAUUUUACAAGUGGUCUUGCGUUGCAGGCAACCCUCGAAGCGCCCGAGCUUUUUUUGCCUCGAUUAGAAGCUGAACUGCGUCGUUGGCGUGACUUUGCUCCUAGUCUUGUACAAUUGGAUUCAUCUUCGAAUCUCAGCGAGCAACCGACUGACGACAUAUAUCCAGUUGGCGGCGGUGCUGGGCAGCUCGACGCUGUACCCUCCGGAUCUGGAGCUGCCUCUAAAGCAUGUGGCUCCGCUACAUCCGGCCCUACAUCAAUACCUAUAUCACAUAAUAACCCAACUUUCCGAUGGGAGUGUUGCUCACUCAUUGUUAAUGUGGAUACGAGAACAGUUGAGGUUAGUUCAAGCUCAUGA